GCUUGAAGAGAGCGUGUCAAAGGGGGAAGAAGAGCUGCAGAGGUCCAGACGGCGCCCUGGGGCUCCAGGCAAAGCUGAGCUGCCUGCAGUUCUUACGAGUACAGGUGCAAACUGUAGUACCACUGUGGGUGUGUCCCCGACACACUGCCUUUAUCCACGGGAGGAGUCUCCUGUGCCGCACGUGGGUUCUCGGGCUCGCAGUCCGCCCCGGGUGGAGUCUCUGAACUGUUUUGGUACCCCUCUCUGCUGGACUUUGCCCACAGUAGACCUGAGUCAGAGCUUUCCACCUGGCCACUGAUGCCCCAUUUGGCCUUGCUGGCCACGAGCUAAUGUGUUCUGGUGCCCAGGGAUGGAGAAGCUGGAGAUGGGCAUGUUGAGAAACUGGCAAAAGCCUAAGUGGGUUUGCCAUGAAGGAGGCUCAGGUUAUUCUGGUUCCAUAAGAUAACAUAGUCCAGGGUUGCGUCAAGGCCUGGAUCCAGGUCAGCCGGCUCCAAGGCUAUCACGUAGACUCUAUAAGGAGCCCAAUAGUAAGUCAAUAAAUAAACUGAUUGAAAAUGGACAGUAAAAUUAAAUGGACGUUUCUAAAGUGCACGGUACUAAUGACCAGCAGAUAUAUAAAGCAAUGGUCAGCGUUGUUAAUCAUCCCAGCAAAAUAAAACCAAAAUAAGAUUAUCACCUCACCCCCAGACUGGGAAUGUAACUCAAAAGAAGAACACUUGCCUAAGAUGUAUAAACCCCUGGGAGGAAAUCCCCCAGAACCACAGUAAAAGUGAUUUUUAUUAAAAAGUUAAAAAUAGCAAGCCAGAUACUGGUACAUACUAUUGCCGAGAAUGUAAGCUAUUAUAAUCCUUAUGGAAAACAGUGUGGAGCUUCCUCAAAAAGUCCAAGUGCAGCCACCAUCUGAUUUGUCUACCCUGCCACUGUUAUAUAAUACAUCCAAAGGAAAAUUAAAUAGCUAUGUUGAGACAUCUGCUGCACUGUUUACAGAAGCCAAGAUGUGGAAAUAACCUAAAUGUCCAUCAGCCGAUAAAUAGAUAAAAGUACCUACAUACAGUGGGAUAUUGUUCAGCCAUAAGAGGCAGACAUGGGCGGUUUGGAAGAUAUUAUGUUAAAUGAAAUAAACAAGGCACAGACAGAUAAAUAUCGCAAGUCUCGCUCCUAGGCGGACUGUCAAAGAGUCGACCUUGUGUGUUUAGAAUGGAAUGACAGUGGUGACCAGAGGCUGGAGAGGAGCGUGGAUCCAGAGAGAGGACAGGGCUAAGACUGGUUAACAACUACUGAGUUCCGGUUAGAGCUUAUUCUGGUGUGCUAUUGCAUAGAAGACUAACUAUAGAGGAAAAAGUAAUUUCAAAAGGCCCAGAACACAGGAUAUGUGAAGGCUUUGAAUUAAAAAGAAAUGAUAAAUGUUUGAGAAACAUAGGCUUGCUUUCAUUUGAAAUAACACAUUACAUAUAUGUGCUAAAAUACCACAUAGCUAUCCAUAAAUGUAAUGGGUACAUAUUUUAUAUGUUCAUUAAAAUAAAUAGGACCAGUGAGAUGGCUCACCCAAUAAAGAUGUUUUCAUGAAACCUGAUGGCCCAAGUGCGAACCUGGUUCCCAUUGGUGGAAGGAGAGGAUCCUAAAGGCACCCACAUAUACACCAUGGCAUAUGUACAUCCUCACUCAUACACAUUCUUAUCAUACAUACACACUAAAGUAAAGUUAUAAAAAAACAUAUCCAUGAACAAAUAACAUGCCUCUGCUUUGUUUGUUUAUAUAGUGGGGGAAAUAAUGGUUCUUAAACUCAGUAGGGUCAUGAAAAGCCAGGCAUAGAGGUGAACACCUUUAAUCCCAGCACUUGGGAGACAGAGGCAGGUGGAUCUCUGAGGCCAGCUCAGUCUAAGGAGGGAAUUUCGGGACAGCCAGGGCUUCACAGAGAAGCCCUGCCUCAAAAAUACAAAAAGAAAAAAAAAAAGGAAAAAAUGAAAAAAAGAAAAGAAAGUUACAUAGGAUAGUUCUGUAGCAAUCUAGCAAUGACCUAUUCAGAAUAUGAACACUGUUCACUAAAGCGGGGCUGUAAUCACUACAGAUGCAGCAGAGCUAAACCAGGGAGGGGAAGACCUAGCACUUGGACAAGUGCGGAAUCUGAAGCUAUGCCAGCUCUCACUGUCCCUCUUAAUUUCACCCCAGGCGGAGUGGCCCUUCUGCCUGCCCCGCAGAACUUAACUGUACUGUCAACCAACAUGAAGCAUCUCCUGAUGUGGAGUCCAGUGGCCCAGCCCAGGGAGACAGUGUCCUAUUCUGUGGAGUACCAAGGGGAGUAUGAGAGCCUGUACACGAGCCACCUCUGGAUCCCCAGCAGCCAGUGCUCACCGACCGACAGUCUGGAGUGCGACGUCACUGAUGACGUCACUGCCACAGUUCCAUAUAACUUCAGGGUCAGGGCCAUGCUGGGCGCACAGACUUCAGCCUGGAGCACGCUGGAGCCCCCCUUUAAUCGAAACUCAACGGUCCUCACCCCACCCAGGAUGGUGGUCACUGAAUACGGCUUGCAUCUGGUUGUUAAGCUGGAAGACCUGGGGCCCCUGUUUGAGUUCCUUGUGUUCUACUGGAGGAAGGAGCCUGACGCCACGGAGCAUUUUAAGGUGGUGAAGAAUGGGGACAGUCCACUGCACCUAGGAACCAUGGAACCAGGGGCCACGUACUGUGUGAAGGCGCAGGCGCGGGUGAAUGCCAUUGGGAGGCACAGCGCCUUCAGCCAGACUCGGUGUGUGAAGAUGCGAGGAGAGUCCCUCCCGCUGGCCCUGGCGCUGGUCGCGUUUGUUGGCUUUGUGCUGGUUCUCAUGGUUGUACUGUACUCCAUCUGGAAGAUGGGCCAGCUGCUCCGCUACUCUUGCUGCCCAUCUGUAGUCCUCCCCGACACCUUGAAAGGGUCUUUUUGUAUAGCCAUGGCUGUCCUGAAACUCACUAUGUGGACCAGGCUGGCCUUGAAUUCACAGAGACCCACCUGCCUCAGCCUCCUGAGUACUGGGAUUAAAGGCGUGUGCCACCACCGCCUGGCAGCCAUACACAUUUAUGAUUGCUGGAUCUUCCUAAAAAAUCACCAGUUCGUCUCAGAAGCUGAUCAGCUGCAGACAGGAAGAGGUGGACACUUGCGCUGUGGCCCCGCUGUCCUCGGAGCAUCUUUUCGGGGUCUGGUUGCUCCAACACUGCAAAUGAGACUGGGUGAUUGCCAGGUGGCCAGUUGUCUCUGUCAUCUACUGCACGUUUUGGAAGCUGCUUGCCUCUUCUGAUUUAGCCAAACCAUUGCUAAUACAAGACUUAGACUCCUUAGAAUGAUUAUUGAAUCAUUUAGCAUAUGUUCCUUCCUUAAUAUUGUUUAUACUGGUUGUAAUUCUAAUUUUUAUACUUGAUAUCUGUUUUUAUUGUAUAUAGUUUUGUAUUGGGUUUGGAACUCUUUUAUUUAGAAAAAAGGGGGAGGUGAUGGGGAACCCCCUCCAGCCAGUGGCCUCUGAGAGGCUGGACCAGUUUGAGGCGUGGCUUUUGGGUACCAAAAAGCUGCGGUCCCACCCUGCUCUGUCUCUUCUUCCUGGGAGCCACUCCCGGAUGUUGGCCCCAUUCCUAUUUCCUUGUUGUAAUAAGUGAGUUCACUUUUAAUAAAGAAAAACCUAAACAUACUUUA